GUUUUCGUGUCCGGUACAUCGACUCACGGAGUCAUAGACAAAGCGGGGGCAUCGCAACCAGAAGAGCGUGAACCGGCGUACAGAGACAGUUAUGUCUCUCACAAGCUUCAAGCUACUUGUGCUUUUGAGUAUAGCCGCAAACCUCGCUGGGAUCACUCGUGGCCUCGCUAGAUCUACUGAAAUUACUGCCGCGGCACGUGACGAACAAGAAGGCCCGAAACAUCCACGAGAGUUGGCCAGGCCGUCUGAUGAAGUCAUGACUGACAGCCUAAAUUUGAUUGAUCCAUCACCUAAGCAGAAACGUCGCUUGCAAAGCAGCCAGCACUACGUGUGUGUGAGCCUCCCAUGGCGCCUCCUGCCGCAGACGUGUUUCUCCAGGCCCGGCAGACUGCCAGGCGGGAUGUCUAAGAUCCGGAAUACAGCCUCAACUGUAAACAUCCGAGGCUCUAGACUUCGACGCAUAGCCAUCCUGAACUGGUGGCAACAAGUCAAGCUCGGCGGGAAGCCUUCUCCUCCGAUGCCUGGAGACCCCGACUGGGUACCGGACACCCGUUUCGGAAGGGCUUCACAAUUGUGAAAUUACACAGAUGUGAAGAAUGUGGCCAAAUUAGACAACAGGUACCGUCGACUCCUCAACCAAUCAGAAUGAGAGCUAUCAGAAUGAGCUCCAAACCAUGACGCCAUUUCCCCCGCGGCCGCGCUUCUAUCUUUUCUCUGCCUUGGCAUGUUGGCGAGUAUUUCGUGACACAUUCCCCAAUGUACAAGAUAUAACAUCUGUAUAUCGCAUUCAGAGAGAGGAAACUGAUUAUCAUGUGUUCAAUCAGAUGGCAGUGUUAGAACUGUGUUAGAAAAACAGAUUUCAUCAAAUGGAAUAUCAUCAUUAUUUAUAUGGUUACUAAACCAUCGCUCUCUUUAGGUGGAUUUUACUGAGAGACGUGUUCCCUAUAUCUGAUAGGAUAGAAUUUGAGAUGUCUUUGUUUUACGGGUGUAAAUGGCCUUACUCUUCUGGAGUGACAGCGACAUCCAACUUGAUUUAAGUUGUACUCAUCUUACUGGAAUAAAGCUGUUUGUGCAGGA